AUGCUCUCUGGCAUUCUCAUCUUCAAUCAGAAAGGCGAGAAUCUCAUCUUCCGCGCCUUCCGCAAUGACUGUCGUCCGCGUCUCGCGGACAUCUUUCGCAUCCAGGUCAUCUCCAACCCGCAGGUCCGGUCGCCGAUCUUGACGCUGGGGUCGACGACAUUCAGCCAUGUGAAGCACGAAAAUAUCUAUCUGGUGGCCGUGACGAAGAGUAACGCCAACGCCGCCCUAGUGUUUGAGUUCCUGUACCGGCUGGUGAUGCUGGGGAAAAGCUACUUUGGGAAGCUCGACGAGGAAGCGGUGAAGAACAAUUUUGUUCUCAUCUACGAACUACUAGAUGAAAUCCUGGAUUUCGGAUACCCCCAGAACACCGAGACGGACACGCUGAAGAUGUACAUCACGACGGAGGGCGUCAAAUCGGCCAUCGCCAACUCACCGACCGACUCGAGCCGCAUCACGAUGCAAGCGACGGGCGCGCUGUCGUGGCGGCGAUCCGACAUCAAGUACCGCAAGAACGAGGCGUUUGUGGACGUGAUCGAGGACGUCAACCUGCUGAUGUCGGCGACGGGUACGGUGCUCCGGGCGGACGUCAACGGGCAGAUCGUCAUGCGGGCGUACCUGUCGGGCACGCCGGAGUGCAAGUUCGGGCUGAACGACCGGCUGCUGCUCGACAGCGACGGGCGGGGGCCGACGGGGGCGGAGCCGGGCAACCGCGACGGGACGAUGAAGGCGACGCGCGCGGCGGCCGGGUCGGUGACGCUGGAGGACUGCCAGUUCCACCAGUGCGUGAAGCUGGGGCGGUUCGACGCGGACCGGAUCAUCUCGUUUGUGCCGCCGGACGGGGAGUUCGAGCUAAUGCGGUACCGGGCCACGGAGAACGUCAACCUCCCCUUCAAGGUGCACCCGAUCGUGCGCGAGGUCGGAACCACGCGCGUCGAGUACAGCGUCGCCAUCAAGGCCAACUACAGCUCCAAGCUGUUCGCCACCAACGUCGUCAUCCGCAUCCCCACCCCGCUCAACACUGCCAAAACCACCGAGCGCACCAGCCAGGGCCGUGCCAAGUACGAGCCCGAGCACAACAACAUCGUCUGGAAGAUCGCCCGCUUCUCCGGCGGCAGCGAGUACGUCCUCACCGCGGAGGCCACCCUCACCAGCAUGACCCACCAGAAGGCCUGGAGCCGCCCGCCCCUGAGCCUAUCCUUCAGUCUGCUCAUGUUCACCAGCAGCGGCCUGCUAGUGCGCUACCUCAAGGUGUUUGAGAAGAGCAACUACAGCAGCGUCAAGUGGGUGCGGUAUAUGACCCGCGCGGGGAGUUAUGAGAUUCGGUAA